GACACGCUCUUGGACACGCUCCUCAACAAUGUCCAGAAGUCUGACGGCCGCACAAGUGAUUGGACUGGGGGAAUACCUCGAUCCUGAUUUCGAUCCAUCGUCGCUCACAGUAUCUCAACUUUUGGGAAUUCUUGGUUACCAUAAUAUCAAGUUUCCAACUCCUUACACGAAGCCAAAGCUCGUAGAAUUGUUUAACGACGAAGUCAAACGAAAGGCCGCAAAGUUCAGGAAAGACAGACUCAAGAAAGAGAAUAGCAUUGCGAGUGAUGACGGAAUAACGGACGGAGUGACAGGGAGACCUAUUGGGCAACCAAAAAACCUUCCAGCUAGGCGGUCUUCCAGGAGAUUGUCGCGUGCACCUACAGAAGAUGAAGAUUUGUCACCGGUUCGUCAGGAUCCUCCGAAGCGACGUCGUUCUUCUGCGCAACCGAGCCUCGGUGGCCCUUCCACAAACAGAGUUGCUCCUCAACCUGCUUUAAUGGAGGAGAGUGAACCCGAAGAGGAAGAACUCCCGGCUCGUAAGGUUGUAAAGAAUAAGAAGAGUUCACAGGCAGCGGGCUCGAAAGCUCGUAGAAUUUCUGAGACUUUCGCAGAUGACAGUGGUUGGGAAGAUAAUAACAUCUUUCAGUCCGGUGCCGAGUCCUCCUCGCCGGUUCGUCCUUCCCAUGUCAAACCAAAGACACCACGUAAAAGCGUAGGUGGAAAGAGAACUCGUCAUUCUAUGUCUGCCCCGCCACAGAUAUCCCCGCCAAAGGCUCCCAAAUUCGAGGAGUAUCUACAGCGCUCACCACCACAGUCCAAGUUUGAGCCACAGUUACCACCGGAGGUAGUGCGUCCCGCGCAGAAGUCACCACCCAGUACCAGAAAGACUUCUUUCACUCCUAUCGAGCAUCAACCAAGUCCUUCAAUUCAAUAUGAAGUCAAAGCAGACAAUUUGGAUAAUGAUCAAACAUCCGUAGAACUAGACGAUGUGGACUACAAUAAUAGUCAGGAAGAAGAGGCUUUGGAGUUUGACGACAUAGAUGCGCAAACCAUUGCUAUCUCACAACGCAUCGCGGGAGGCGGAGCGAUCUCUUCGCGCGCUUCUUCUCCAAAAGAAUCCUCGUCCUUCCUCCUACGUUUCAUAAUCGGCAUCAUUAUUUUAGCGGUUUCUGGUACAGUUGUGAAUUAUAAGAUGGAGUCAGCACCGAUAGGAUACUGCGAUGUGGGCAGCAAUACGAAUCGCGCUCUAGAAGACUUCAAGAUGUAUCUGGAGGCUGUUGACUCUUGCAAUCGAAACAAUCGUACUCUUCUUUAUGGUCAGUCGGAUGUUGCGGGUAACGUUGUCGAAGGGAAGAUUUUAUGUCCGCCACCUUCGUUGAUUCCUUUGCCCCAUCCAUCAAGUUGUACGCCUUGUCCUGAGUACGCCAAGUGUACCCAACAUACUGUGACUUGCAUGACAGGUUAUCUACUACAUCCUCAUCCCCUCCAUAGUCUGCUAUCUCCAUUUAGUGCCACAGCACCGGAUCCAGUCGAAGCUUUAUGGAAGUUCAUCAGUGGUGUCGCUGAUGGACUACCUGGUCUAGGUCCAAAGGCCUUUCCAUCACGGUGUCUCGAAGAUCCAAAGAGAAAAAGGAACAUAGGUGUUUUGGGGAAAGCCAUAGAAGCUUUGUUGGGUCAGGAGCGGGGACGGCGUCUUUGUGCUGGCGAAAAAGUAAGGCCUGGUACUGUUGAAGGUGAAGAUAGGGGAGAAGCCAUUAGAUGGGGUCUAGAAGUGGAGGCGUUGCGGGAAAACAUGAAGCGAAGAACUGCGCCGCAUCUUCUGGAAACAUUUGACGAUACAUUUAAUGAAGCCAUACAACAGCUAGUACAAUGGGGUGGUGUCAUUUUGGGGGAAGACUCUGCUGGAAAUCGGUACUUGGCUCAUAAAACGCCGAACUUGACUUGGACUUGUCAGGUGACUGUCAAGACGAGAGAGUUAUGGGAACAAUGGCGCACAACUCUGUUCACGUCUACGAUCACAAUAAUCAUUGCCCUCUAUGGCAGAAAACGCAGAGAUCGCCGCCAAGUUGAGAACAAACGAGUGGCUGAGCUUGUGCAAAUAGCGCUUGACACCUUGCGUAACCAAGAACUAGCAUAUCAUACGGACCCCGUUACGGCACCCCACCCAUUUUUGUCUUCUCUGCAGCUUCGUGAUCUCAUUUUACAGGAUGAACAUUCAAUCCCUGUCAGAAGAAGACUCUGGGAUCAGGUGGAACGUGUUGUUGAAGGAAACUCAAAUGUCAGAGCAAAUCUAGAAGAGGUUCGUGGGGGAGAUGAGAUGCGUGUAUGGAGAUGGGUAGGCACCGCGGGAAGGGAACCGAAAAUACGGAAGAGGGUACAAGGGGCGGAACAAAAGGACGAAGAGAAAGCUGACUGAUGUGAUUGGCGUGCGAUGUCGUGGGCUUGUAGCCCUUUUCCUGAUCGGAUAUGACCUUGCGCGUCUUAUAAGAGGAAGCUCUAAUGCUUAGUGUACGUUAUCUGUAAAUAGUCGAAGAUGCCGUCCGUCAUACGAUUUUGACCAAAGCUCCCUCAGUGAGCUUCUGAGAAACUUCCAAUUGGAUUAACCGGGGCCGGUGCUGUGAUGCAAAGGCACGGGUUGCCGUGAUUCAGAUCAGGAACCGCGUUCCCUUGCAUAAGAGCAGUCUCGUUCAUGCAUAGAGUUCUUGUGCAUAUUUGCAAUCUUUCAGUUUGUCCACGAUCAAAGCGCAAAGGUCUGGGCCAGAUCGUAUAUGGCAAUUGCAUUUUCGAGUCGUCGCUAACCACACUAUGUCACUAGUUGUACCCC